AUGGUACUGAACCCCAACUGGCCCGUGGACAAGGUCGUAGACAAGGACUGCUGUGCUGUCGUCGAGCUCCUCAAGAAAGUUCAGUUUUGGUAUAGUGUAUUGGACUUCGCUGGGAAGGAGGGAUUGCAAUGGCUGUGCUCAAUCCAUGGAUGUACUCUGAACUAUGGUUAUGUGAUCUUUUGGUACCGAAAGACUUGGCUAUUUAAAGAAUGCUUUCAUGAUCUCAACAGAAGCUCCUUUUGUAUAUGCUUGUCCAAGAGGAGGCAACAUUCCUCUGGAAGAAGCUUGGGGAAUCUUGAUCCAGUUGAUGAAGACUUUCCAUUGGAGCAAGAAGUGAGGGACUUCAAGAUGAGAAGGCUUUCAGAUUUUGGGCCAACUCCUGACCUUCUGGAAGAAACCGAACCGACUCAAACCCCAUAUGAGAAGCGCUCUGAUCCUAUCGACAAGGUCACAGAAUCAAUCCAGUCGCACCUCAAACUACAUUUUGAUACCCCAGGUGGACAGCAAUCUGAGUCACUAAAUCUGCUAGCUUCAGGGAUGACCACAGCCAGGGCAGCUCGACUAUUCUAUCAAAUGACUGUUUUGGCAACUUUAGAUUACAUCAAGGUUACUCAGCUGGAACCGUACGGGGACAUCUUGAUCUCCAGGGGAACCGUACUGGUGCUGCAAUGUUGCGAACAGUUUCGCUGCGGAGGUUCUUGCAGUGCCCACAUCCGUGUUAAUAUUAUACAGCAGUUACAUUUUGCACAGGAGGUCUUGUAGGUUAUAUUAUUAUUGCUUAUGCUGAAGAGAAGGAAAGGAAGCAAAGUUAUAAGGCA